GCUGCUAGAGCCCAGGCUAGGUGGCACUAAGCCUUGGUGUCAUGCAUGAAGUCAAGCAGAGCAGCAGAAACCAGGUGCCCCUCUGGUGCAUAGAGACAUUUCAGCAGACAGAGGCAGACCCUGCAAAGGGACUGAGGAAAGCAGAGACAGUGAAAACCAACUUCAGCUCCCCAAGCUCAGUCCACUUCUGUGGAGCUGUUGCCACUUAUGGUCAGGAUUAAAACUAAAUUGCAUGGAGAAAAGACAAUGGGGAAAUCAAACGUCCAUCACAGAAUUCAUCCUCCUGGGUUUCAGGAAUCUCCCUGGACUGCAGAUUCUUCUCUUUCUGCUUUUCCUAGUGAUCUACAUUGUUACCAUGGCAGGGAACAUCCUCAUUGUUGCACUAGUUGUGGCUGAUCAGCACCUGCACACCCCCAUGUACUUUUUCCUGGGGAAUUUGUCCUGCUUGGAGACCUGCUACACUUCCACCAUCCUGCCCAGGAUGCUGGCCAGUCUCCUCACUGGGGACAGGACCAUCUCAUUUAGUGGUUGUAUCAUACAGCUUUAUUCUUUUGGUUUCCUAGUGGUGACGGAAUGUUUUCUCCUAGCAGCAAUGUCUUACGAUAGGUAUUUAGCGAUAUGCAAACCCCUGCACUAUGCAGCCCUUAUGAAUGGCAGGUUCUGUCUCCAGCUAGCAGCUGGCUCUUGGAUAAGUGGCUUUCUGGCUAUUACCGUAAUUAUAUUUUUGAUGUUGCAGUUAAUAUUUUGUGGCCCCAAUGAAAUAGACCAUUUCUUUUGUGAUUUCAUUCCACUGCUUAAACUGUCCUGCAGUGACACGCAACUGAUUUCAAUGGUAAGUUUAUUCUUUUCCUUCUUUGAUACAUUUCCCCCUUUUCUAUUAACGGUGGCAUCCUACAUAUAUAUCAUCGCCACCAUCCUGAGAAUCCCAUCCACCACUGGGAGGCAAAAGGCCUUUUCCACCUGCUCAUCCCACCUCAUUGUGGUGACCGUUUUCUAUGGAACCUUAGUCAUUGUCUACAUGGUACCAAAAAACAACACACUGAGAGACCUAAAUAAAGUGUUCUCUGUCUUCUACACAGUCUUGACUCCUCUGCUCAACCCCCUCAUCUACAGCCUAAGAAAUAAGCAUGUAAAUAUGGCCCUAAGAAAAGCUCUGACUAAGUUCACAGGAUCAUAUUCACAGUAGGUGUAAACUGGUGUGUCUCCACGGUAGUCAAUGCAACUGUGCUGAUUUACUCCAGGUGGUUAUCUGGUCUGUAGCGAUCGCCAGAAUUCGGCUGGGUAUAAUAUCAUGAGGAUUAAUCAAUCUGUUUUAAAUGCUCUGAUGGGGCUGCAUGUUGAUGGUUCCAUACUUAAACCACAUGAUGCAUCAUAGGAGACUGUGAGGAUGUAGUGAGUUCUGUGGCAGCUUCUUCAAAUAUAGUGCUUGUGUUUGGGGUGUGGGGCCAUGGGAGUCUCUGGGGUUCAGGCUUCUUGUAAUUCAACUAAUGUCCCAGCUUCUCCCUCAAAGUGGAGAAUCUGAAUGGGGGUAGGAAAAUUGACCAAAUUGCAUAGGACAAGAUCUAUGCCAGGACUGAGUAUACUGAAAUAUAUAACUAGGUGAAAAGGUAAUUGACCUGAUGGAUGUCCAUAGCGUCUGUGUAUGUAGCAUUUUAAU